AUGAUGGCGCAAAGUAAGAUAUUUUAUUCCGUAUAAUUUUAAAGUAACAUGCUUGGAGGAGUAUGACAAAGUUAACAGCAAAAAAUGCUGAACUGCCGCCUUCAAACGCCUGUCAGUAGAAGUUUCGGUUUUGGUAGUGGCGCGUCCGGUUGUUUGCAUGUGUUUGUGUUUGCAUGUGGUUGUUUGCAUGUGAACUUCUUCCUGCUCGCAACACAUAUACCUUUAACCUAAGAAAUCUGCGGAAGUUUAAGCCAUGCAGCUUUUAAGACGAACAGGUUUCGUAGUAGUUUAAUUACCUUUAACGCCCUCAAGGCUUGAACGGUUUUAGUAGAUUUUUUAAACCUCUUCUAUAUAUUUUUUAGAACAUAUAUAUAGUGUCCUUAUUUGCUGUUUUAAAUCACUUGUAGUCUUUUUAAUGUAAUUAUCAAUAUUCAAUUUUUUGUAAAUAAUCGUAUAAUUCAACUUUUAGUUGCAAAUCGGUUAUUNCUUCUAUAUAUUUUUUAGAACAUAUAUAUAGUGUCCUUAUUUGCUGUUUUAAAUCACUUGUAGUCUUUUUAAUGUAAUUAUCAAUAUUCAAUUUUUUGUAAAUAAUCGUAUAAUUCAACUUUUAGUUGCAAAUCGGUUAUUAAUAAACUAUCUAUCUAUCUAUCUAUCUAUCUAUCUAUCUAUCUAUCUAUCUAUCUAUCUAUCUAUCUAUCUAUCUAUCUACCUUGACACUUACGAUUGUCAAGAAGGCUAGGAGUCCUUUGUUUCAUCGGUGAAAGUGGGAAAUGAACGUCUUUUCAAGAAAUACAGCCAGUUACCGAUUCCUUUCAUUUAAGAAACUUAGAUAGAGGAGUGAAGACCCACGCUAAAUAUAACCUAGCUAACAUUUUAUAUUUAAUAUCGUCUAUCUUCCGUGAUAUGGCGUUGUAUCAUAUUUUUCCACAGACAGCUGUCCUAUUUGUCUCGAUCCCAUGUCAAGUCCAAAAAGUUUAAAGUGCAAGCACAGUUUUUGUCUAGAGUGUAUUCAAACUGCUUUAAAUGUGUGCAACAGGUGCCCGGUCUGUCAACAGCCUCAAGACGUUAUCACAAGAAACCAGCCUCGUGGACAGAUGACUUUCUAUACUGAUCGUAACAGCGUUCCAGGCUACGAAGGUAAAACUCUUUAGAGCCAGAAUUUAAACAAUAAAUUUGCGUAGCUGCUAUAGCCACGUAAGUGAAAACAAGAGCGAUUUUACUCACUAGCAAAGUAGCGUCUUUGCAAAUUUCUUGGAACAAAGGAGAGUUUUUAUAUAAGAAAAAGGUUAAACUCCCAACAUAGUGGCCUUUUUAUUGUUUUGCAACACCAAUAUGGCUGCUUUGACAGUUCCAUGUUUGGAUGCUCUAAAAUGGUAAGUUAAAAUAAAUGGAAAACUGAUUCAGAACAGGAACCUGCGAUAAAAUUUUGCACGCCCUCAGUGACUAGCGAUUAUAUCGCCCGUCAAAGCAACUGGGCUCAGGAGACAAGCUACUGAUAGAUAGGCUGCCACCUAUGACGUGAUGUUUAAACGCUAUAUUAAAUGUAACAUUUGCAGGCUACGGGAAAAUCGUCAUCAGUUAUCAGUUUCCCUCCGGAGUGCAAGGCCCGGAACAUCCAAACCCUGGUCAGCAUUAUUAA